AUGCGCUGCCCCAUAUUGUUGCGGCGAAUCCUCGACAGGAACGUGUCGACGGCCGCGACGCUGCUGAGCCUGAAGCCGUUGGCAUGCGGGAGGAACGCGCUGUGCGCCGUGGGGCGCGAGUACCUGGCGGCGGCGCAGAGGUCCAAGGGGGUGCUGCGGUUCUGGUCAUGGGACAAGGGUGCGUGGGUGCAUGACUCGUUUGCACCAGAGCCCAUGCAUGCACUCAUCGCAACUCUGGACGGAGUGUACAUUGUUGGCGGUGCCAAAUCUGGGUCUCUCUACGUUUGGGAAGCGACGACAGGGAGGCUGCUGAGAAGCUGGCCUGCUCACUACAAGGCAGUGACAUCAUUGUCGCUGGUCACCAGUGGCAGCAUGCUGAUAAGUGGCUCUGAGGAUGCGACCAUCAACGUUUGGAUCCUUGCGGAUGUGCUGGACGGAUGCUGGGAGGAAGGAGCAGCAUGGACAAAGCCGAUGCCAUUUCAUUCAUGGUCUGAGCACACCCUUCCCGUCACGGACCUCUGUGUGGGCUUGGGCGAGUCCAACGCCAUCGUGGCGUCCUCCUCCCUGGACUGCAGCUGCAAGAUCUGGAGUCUGGGCUGCGGCAGCCUGCUGCAUACGGCCCGCCUGCCCUGCGCUGCCCUGUGCGUGCUCCUGGACCAAGGAGAGCACAGCCUCUUCGCGGGGGGCAAGGACGGGCGGAUCUUUGAGGUGUCGCUGGUGGGGCAGCGGGAAGGCAUGGGCGAUCGCGACUGGUCAGCCAUGACGGGCCACUCGCGAGGCGUGACUUGCCUGGGCAUCAGCGGCGACGGCGCUCGGCUGCUGUCAGGAUCGGAGGAUGGAACGGUACGUUUCUGGGACCUGGCGACGCAUCAGUGCGUGAAGGUGCUGAGCAGCCCCGGCAAGGCGCCCGUGUCCUGCCUGCUGGUCGCGCACGACCCCCCCAUGUCGGACUUGGGCGCAAAGUCCAGGGUGGCCGGGCGGGAGGGCGCCCAGCCCCUGGCGCGGCUGUCGAAGUUCGCAGGUCCCGUCGGCGGCUCCGGCCCCCGCAUGCUGGUCGAUGGCAGCGCCCAGUACACCGCCAUCGCUCGGCGCAACGGUCUGAUGGCCCCGGCCGCGUGUUCCGGAGGCGAGGGGGACGACUCCAGACUUGCGGCGCUGGCCGAGGCCUCAAGGGCCGAAACGGGGGCGGUGCGGGAGCUGACAGAUGCUCGGCAGGCGGUGCAGCGGCUGUGGCAGUCGCACUCCAGACUGCUGGACUUCUGCACGGCGAAAGUUCUGGAGGAGGGGUGGCGAGAGGGGGGCGGGGGGCGGGG